UAAUCAUCUCGCCUGAAGAUCGCGUUGUGGGAGCUGGAACAAUCUUUGUUGAACGCAAGUUCAUACAUAGCACUGGGCUGGUUGGACAUAUCGAGGACAUUGCUGUUGACGAGAAUCAACAAGGCAAGAAACUUGGUUUACGAAUUAUUCAAGCUCUAAAAUAUAUUGGAGUCAAAACUGGGUGCUACAAAGGUAAAUUGCUUCCAUAA